AUGAGGAAACUUGAGUCACCGGCUCAAUUAAACGAAAAAAACUCUCACUCGAACGAAUUUCAUCAUCUGCAGCAUACCCAACUUGGUGAUCAUAGUCAAACAUCUUCAGCUUCUUCUUUCAACCUUAACUUUAAUCGUCGAACACUUCAUCAUACCGAGUUAAGGGAAUUGUCUCCAUAUUCCAUUUCGACCGAAUUGAUCAGUCAUCCUUCAGAUCUCAAUUUACAAACUUGUUCCGAACUAUCAGAUCAAGAAGCAAUUCGAAAAGAAUUAUCUCAAUGGAGUUUUCCUGACGAUUUACCGGUAUCGAAACGAGAGAUCAUUUGGGGACCUUAUGCUGAAUCGAGCACCGACGAAAACCUUUGUAUUCCUGCUCAAUGGCAACAGACUACACCUAUCAGUAUUUGUAAGCAAGAGCCUGCUACAUACUAUCCACCAACGCCAACAUCGCUAAAGCGACCAAGGAUCCAAACCGACUUGAUCAAUGAACGUGAUGCAAAGAAUUCAGAUCCAAUCAAUCGACAUCCAAAGCGAACACGAAGGAAAUCUUCAAAUGAAACUGAAUUAGGAUCAGAAUUAUAUUCACCUACAAUAGUAUCACCUACGUAUGAUCGAUUUAAUAAAGUCUUUACGAUCCUUGAAGGUCUUUCUCCUCAAUCAGAUACUUCAUCAACCUACUCGAACAAUUGCCUUGAAUGUCUUCAUUCACAACACGGAUCAAAUACAUCGUCAAAUCCUUUUGAUAGUAGUGCAAGUUCAACAUAUCCUUCUUACCAACCUACGUCUAUAAGUAAUCAUCAUCAAACUUUUAGUUGGUAUAAACCAUCUAUCAAUUCAAAUCAUUCAACAUGUUGUAUAACUUCAGAACAUUGA